GCCAGCGCUUCCUGCCCGGGGACACCAGGGGACACGAGGGGACCCUGGAGAAGGGGGGGGUGGCUCGGCAGGCCGGGACCUGCCCCGCCGGGCCCUUCCCGGAGCCGUGAAGCAACAGGAGGGCUGGCUGGGAACCAUGGCCGAGUGCACGGAGCUGGAAUGGGCCGUGCAGGUGCUGGUGAACAACUUCGACAAGUACUCGAGCCGCUGCUGCUGCUGCAAGAACCCGCGGCGCAUCAGCAAGAAGGAUUUUCGGAAGAUGCUCAGCCGCGAGCUCAACCACAUGCUGACGGACACCGGGAACCGCCGCGCCGCCGACAAGCUCAUCUGCGACCUGGAUGAGAACAAGGACGGGCGCAUCAGCUUCGAGGAGUACUGGACCUUGAUAGGCGGCAUCGCCAGCCCCAUCGCGCAGAUCAUCCGCCAGCAGGAGCAGAGUGUCAAACACACCAAGUAGCCGCUGCUGGAGCCACCCCGGACCCCCCGCUCCUCCACCAACCCCGCUUUGUGCCCCCCCCUCCCGAGCCUCCGGGACCCCGAGGUCCCCACCAGCCCCCGGGGGUGGGAUUUGGGGGGCAAAGCUGUGGCAGCCGCGGGGGGUUCAUGGUUUUUCUGCCCCCCCUGCUCUCAGAGGAAGAGGCUCCCCCUGCUCUGGGCCGGGAAUUCUGUCUGUCCUCAGCGCAGAAAUCCCAGCACGGGCAGCGCCCCCUCUGCCCUCGGGGCUGCCCCCCAGACUGGGGGGGUCUCCUCGGGCAAAGGGCGCUUCCCCCACCGUGGUUAUUUAUUGCAGCAAUAAAGUUCGGAGGA